CCUCACGGCUCUGCGUGACCCACGAAUGACCCAGCUCCAGUGUGCAGCGCCUGCCUUUCCUCAGGGUGUGGCUCCUUCCUUCCAGCCAGUGACCACGGAUGAGUUUACUGCACAGGCGCAGCGUCUGCACCCACCCUCGCGCGCGUCCCGUUCCGCGCGUCCCGCCCCGCGAGCCCUCACCGCCGUUUGCCGGGCUCCCCCUGGCGGCGCCGCUCCACCUCGUCACCCCCGGUUCUAGCCCCGCCGGACCAGGCGCCCAUGAUCCCGGAGCUCCGCGGACCCCGGGCCGCGUCAUCUGCGAGCUCUCCAGGCGCUUGGUCCCCGCUGGCCACAGCGGGAUGGGCCUGAGUCCGACCGCCAGCGGGGAGUACGGGAUCCGCCUCUCCAGGGUCCCAUGGCCGCGCCCCAAGUCCAUCUCGAGAACCUCCAGUACCGGCUCAAGUGACACCCAAUCUGCAACUGGACAGUUAGCCGUACCCCACUCAGAGUCAGUGAGAUCUCAAGCACUACUGGUCCAGCUCCUGCCGAAGCGGCUCAGGCAAAGCUUCAAGUUAGAACAGGCCAGAAGCGGAGAGAAGUCGGUAAUUAACGUGGAGAUCACACCCAGCAAGAAGAGAACAGAGUUGGUUCCAACGCCCAAGUUGGAGAUGGAAGGCAAGCUGAAACAUCCAGCGGCCGAGGACAAACCAAGACCCAGACCCGGAGACCUCAUUGAGAUUUUUCGAAUUGGCUAUGAACAUUGGGCCAUCUACGUAGAAGAUGACUGUGUGGUUCACCUGGCUCCCCCAAGUGAGGAGUUUGCGGUGGGCAGCAUCACUUCUAUCUUCAGCAACCGUGCUGUGGUGAAGUACAGCCGACUGGAGGACGUGCUGCAUGGCUGCUCUUGGAAGAUCAACAACAAGCUGGAUGGGACAUACCUGCCCCUCCCCGUGGACAAGAUCAUCCAGCGCACAAAAAACAUGAUCAACAAGAUAGUGCAGUAUAGCCUGAUUGAGGGGAACUGUGAGCACUUUGUCAACAACCUUAGAUACGGUGUGCCCAGGAGCCAACAGGUGCGUUCCGAGUGCCCCCAGUGGCUCCUCACUGUGCUUUGUUGGACUACCUUUGGAGCUAGGCAUAGGUGUGCCGUCUUCCAGCUCUUGUCUCAUCACCUGCCUAGCUCAGACAGGCCAGUGGUAACAGACGACGUACAACACAUGUGAAAGAGCCCGGAAGCCCAAAUAUCUGUAACAAUUUAAGCUGCUCUCACUAACAGUUGACCUUUACGAUAUGAGCAGAGGGAAUGUGCAGCUCCUUUUAGAUAUGUAAAAUAAUUUAAAAAAAAACCCAAGGGUUAAAGGGGGGACAUCAUUUUCUGGUUUUUGCUUCGCCUGUGAUUUUUAUCUUCCCUGCACAGAGUGGGUCAAAUCUUCCUGUUAUUUGCCUCUUAGAGCAUGCUCCCUUCCCUCUGUCUACUUUGUUUUCCUGCAUCCUCCUCUCCACUCUGUAUCCUCGACUUGCCUGGGCUCUGUUCUUGUGAGACUUUGUGCUAGGAGCUUGGCGGACUGUAGUAUGAAGGAUCUCCCAUCCCAUGAGCAGUUGCCUGCAAAUACAGGGCACACCAAGAGGUCCUCUGAAGUCCUGUGUGCCCAGGAGCCAUGGGGUUGAGCUAAGUGUGAAUACCGAUUCACGUGCAGUUGUGCCCAGGUGAGUUUCCCUCCCUGGCUUUCAGAGUCCCUUUUUGAAUGAGGGCCUCAGUGGCUUCAGCCUCUCCUAUGGAGAGACCCUUGCAUCAUGCACUACUCUGGAGGCCGAUCCUAUGUCGAAUGGCUCCUGGGGAAGAAAAAGGCCAGAGGGUCCAUGACCAGGGGAAAGGGAGCCUGCCUUGCCUUGGGUGCCUGUCUUCGGAUGUCUCCUUUGCUGAGUCUCUGGAAACUUUAGGGAUGUUGAGGAUGCAGGAUAGCAUAAGUGGUCCCCUCCUAGAGGAAAAGACUCUAGGACGGCUGGGUCCUGAAGGAGAUGGGAGGGGUAGGAGCAGAGGUGGGGGCCAGCCUGAGAUUGGUACCCACUGUCCCAUGAACCACUGUGCUUUUCAGGUGGAGCAUGCCCUGGUGGAGGGAGCGAAGGCUGCAGGUGCUGUCAUCUCUGCAGUGGUGGAUAGCAUAAGACCCAAGUCUAUAACUGCUUGAAGCUGCUGCGGAUUCCGAGCGCAGGAAGGGCCACUGACAGUGGCAGAGCAAACGUGCGCCUUUCUUCCCGUUCGCCUUCCUCGCUCAGUGGCCCUGUUUAAGAAGACUGUGAGUGUCUGGGAGACUGGAGUUGGCUCAGUAACCCCCUCCGACAUCUGUCCACUCCAGCACACGCAGCAGUGGUGUAGACCCGCACACGCUCAGCGGGGGAGGAACUGGUAACGGGUUGUGAAUCUUGCUAUGUGCCAGGCACUGUUGGGGCUAAUUUCAUGCAUUUGUUUAAUCUUAUGCCCUUGUUUCUAAGGCCAAGUUCAUUCUGUGGCAGUGGGAAAUCAUCAGAAACAUUCUGGAAACUCCUUUCGAACAUUUUCAGAAAUAAAGACCUCUCCCCAGGGGUUCUUUCUAGUGUCCUCAGAUGUCUCUACCGUCUUCUGCUUAUCCCAGUCCUGGAAUAAGUGUUAGA